AUGAUCAGUCUAAAAGAGAUGCUUGAUAGUGUCACGAUGGAGAGGUACAGCAAAGAACAUGUUAUAACUAUGUUCAACGUGAAACAACAAGUCAAAGUUAAAGUAAAGCAGCAUCGAAUCUGUCACUUUGAUCUAAGGCGAUUGUUGCAAGACUAUUGUUCAAACAGUACAAUUCAUGGAAUCAAGUAUUUUAGUUGCAAGCAACGAACUGUUCUUGAAAGAAUAUGGUGGAUUGCAGUGUUUCUUCUUUCAAUCUUCGGCUGUGGCCAGUUGAUUAUCAACAUCUACCGCAAGUGGGACCAAAGUCCAGUUAUUCUAUCAUUUAACGAGCGGAGUACUCCGGUGUGGCAGAUUCCGUUUCCGGCGGUGACAAUCUGUCCGGAGACGAAGAUGAAGUCACAGUAUUUGAACUUUACCGCAUCGUAUCAUAUGCUGCUGAACGACACGGAUGACGAGGCCAUGGAUGAGGAUAGUUUUAAUCGACUUCGGGCGGUGGCCCAGGUUUGUGAUGCACACGUUCUUAAAGGAAUUCCGUUGAAUCAAACGUACGACAGUGCGUGUGUGGAUUAUCUCCGUAACAUAUCAGUAUCGCUGGACGAGAUGCUAAUGUACUGCAAGUGGCGAAACGAUAUGGACUUUUGUAACAACAUUUUUACGGAGACUCUGACAGAGGAAGGUCUUUGCUUUACGUUCAACGGAAUCGCUGCGGAUGACAUGCUGAGGAAGGAGGAACUGCACAAGGAUUAUGCUUACACGACGGAAAAUAGGUCAUCCAUCCAGUGGACUCUGGAGAAUGGUUAUCGGGAGGAUGCAGCAAUUGAUACAUAUCCGUUGAGAGUGCUGGGAGCUGGGGCCAGGGCUGGGUUGAAUAUCUUACUUCGAUUGUACGAAUACGAUUUGGACUAUUUGUGCAGGGGACCCGUGGUGGGCUUCAAAGUACUGCUGCAUACUUCCAGCGAGUACCCGCAGGUAUCCAAGCAGUACUUUCGCGUGCCACUCCAGCAAGAAGUUAUCAUCUCGGUUAAGCCCCAGAUGAUAACCACUUCCGACGGUUUACGUGACUACGCGCCGCACCGCCGACAGUGCUACUUUAACCACGAGCGCCGGCUUAAGUACUUCCAGGUGUACACGCAGCAAAACUGCGAACUCGAGUGCAUCACCAACUAUACGCUGAGGUCGUGUGGGUGUGUCAAGUUCUCGAUGCCCCGCGAUGACCGGACGGAGGUCUGCGGGGCCAGCAAGAUCGAGUGCUACAACGAGGCUGAGGAUGAGCUGCUCAGUCAGGAGGUCAAGUACAGCGUGGACAAGAGUUACGAUUUUCGCGCCAAAUGUGACUGUCUUCCGGCGUGCACCUCGGUGCAGUACGAUGCCGAAAUAUCCCAGGCCGACUUCAACUGGAAGAACUUGUUUAUGGCGUACAAAAGUCCCUUGGAUGAAUUUCCAGGAGUCCAACUGUCCCGCCUAACAAUCUACUUCAAGGAAGCCCAGUUCAUAACCUCCAAACGCAGCGAGCUGUACGGAGUGACGGACUUUCUCGCCAACUGCGGUGGCCUACUGGGACUGUUUAUGGGAGUGAGCCUGCUGAGCCUUGUGGAAAUCCUUUACUUCUGUCUGAUUCGACCGUGUUCGAUCUUGAGAAGUUCGACGCGGUCGAAGCAAGCUGAUUGCAAACAACCUGUACUGCAAAGCACUGAAUCAACCAGACAUGUCAUAUGGACGAGAUUUUGAUAAACAACUACAAUUAUACUUUUUGGAUAUGUUCUGACAUUUUCAGUCCAUUGGAUAGUUAAUCAUGUGAACAAUAGAAUUAAGUAUGCUAUAUAUAUAUACAUCAUUAUUUAACUCAGUUUGAAAUAAAGUAGC